AUGCUAGAUCUAAACUUUGAGGCUAAAUUUGAAGGAGGUAAUCUACAAUCCUUUGAACGGAUAAGUCCUUGUGAGUACGAUUUAUAUGUCCGGCCGGAUGCCGGUUCAAACUCCUGCCUUUGGUUCUACUUCUGCGUAAACUCUAUAGUCAUCAACAAGCCCUUUCUGUUUCACAUCAUAGGCUUCAGUAAGAUAACUACAACCUUCCAGACAGAGCAAACACCACUCGUGCGGUCUACAUCACGAACGAAGUGGGAGCACAUCCCGAAGUCCCUGUGCUGGUAUGGAAACGUGGUGCCACGGCAUAAACUAAAGACGCAAUCCCGAGUGCUUUCCUUUCUCUUCCAAUUUGAUAAAGACGAGAAUUACUUCUUUGCCUUCACAUACCCUUACACUUACUCCAUGCUCACAAAGUUUCUUGCUCGCAUAAAAGACCACCGCCUUAGUUACACAAAGAUAGUCAGCUUAGGACGCACCACUGCUGGGAACGAUAUACAGGUGGUUCUUAUUAGCCAAGACAUUCACACCAUGCAGCCAAUAACUAGCACAAGCACACCAGUGGUAGUAUCCGUAGAUAGAAGCUCAUCCAACUUCACUCGUGGUGGCAUGUCAACAUCAGCAGUUAACAUUUCUAGUUCAGUGAGUACCGGAGCCAACCGUGCUGCCAGUGCCCUUAGCUCUGUGGGGACGGCAACUGCAGCAGGAGCAAGUGGCCUUGGGACUACAUCAAUGCACACUUCUCCCAGGUCAAUCAACACUAACUUUGGCUGGCAGACCAAGGACAAGAGGGUCGUUUUAGUAACAGCCCGAGUACACUCAGGAGAAGUCCCAUCAUCCUUUGUUAUGCAUGGACUACUAGAAUAUCUAACCACUAAUGAUCCCCGGGCAAAGUUCUUGCGGGAAAAGGUCGUGUUUAUUCUGAUCCCGAUGGUGAAUCCAGACGGGUGCUCAGCUGGGAACUACCGGGCAAAUGCGUCUGGUUAUGACCUCAAUCGUUGUUAUAAGAAUCCUAGCCUUGAGUUCCACAAGGAAGCCUACAAGUUGCGCAGACUGUUCCUCAAUCUAAUCCUCUCGUAUAAAGGCUAUGCACAGUAUUCUAGAAAAGAAGACGCAGAAUCGGGGUUUACACGGCAGAUUCUAAACAAGUCUCUUUUAGAUGUAGCCUCGUCUCUUAAUCUAACGGAGGACCUUUUUGCACCAACAACUCCAGAGUCGGGGGCAGUCCGGGGAGACACAGUCACCCCUCCUCAGACAUCAUCAGCAUCCCUUUUUAAGCGAUCGAUCAAGACAUCUGAUGACUUGACCAUUUCCUGGGAGCCUGGCACAGAGAUCUUGGCGGGGUUGCGACUAGAUUAUGUAUUAGACUUGCACUCUCAUAGCUGUCUCAGCGGCGGGUUCCUGUUCUAUAACCCCGACUCAUGUGUCUUAUGUGGUAACCGGCGACACAUAUGUGAGUUAGUUUUUCCGACUCUGCUUGCCAAGAAGUGUCUGGCCUUUGGAGCUAUACGUCAAGAUGAUAAGGUAGGGGUUCAGCUUCGGGACACUCCAGGGAGUCUGCGGCGAAUCUUCAAUUUACUAGGGAAGCAAUACUGCCAGGACAAUGGGCCAUACGUUUAUGGGAUGGAGGUCACAAACUCCCAUGGACCCGACCCUAGCCUCGACCAUGCAGAUCUCAACGUCCGGCUCCUCGAAGAGGCAGAUGAUGAAGAUAACGAGACCGAUGCAGAUGAGCGGACUGUAAAGCCUGUCAUUUAUACCCCGAAGCACUGGCUCACGAUUGGCGAAAAGAUCGGGGAGACAUUCUACGCCAUAUACUCGUCGCUGCCAUACCCUAUAUACGAGUGA